GAGGCGCUUCGCGAUGCGAUGGAGAAGAAGCGAAAGGAGCGGGAGGAGGCGGCCGCGGCCGGCGGCGGCGGCGGCAAGAAGAAGUGGGUGCGGCGCGGCGAGCUCGAGGCGCAGCGCGAGGCGGCGUACCGCGAGGAGAUGGCGGCUGCGGAGGCGUCGCGCAAGCUGGUCGUGCCUUGCCUGCGGAGAUACGAGGGGGAGGGCAGCGCGGCGGCGGCGGUGGACAAUACCGGCACGGGCGCCGCGCUCGUGGGCGGACUGUCCGCUGCUGCGAGAGCGGGCGGCGUCGGCGCCGGCGGCGCGAGCAGCGCAGGCGGCGACAUGGUGCACCUGGAGCCAAAGGAGGUGAAGCGGCUGCUGCGGCAGCUGGGCCAGCCGGUGCAGCUCUUUGGCGAGGAGGACGAGGCGCGGCUCGAGCGGUACCGCGCCGUCGCCGCAGCGACGGAGAAGGAGGACGACGCAGAGCUCAAGGCGGGGCAGAUGUUCAACGAGACGCAGCUCUACGACGAGUCGGGCAAGGCCAAGGACGCGGCGACGGCGGCCGCCGCCGCCGAGACGCGGCCGGCCGCCGUCGACGAGGAGGAGAUGGGCGGCGAGGAGGCGAACACGGUGGAGGGGACGAUCUCGCGCCACUUCAAGGGCCUGCUGCGGUUGUGGGAGGAGGAGCUGUCCGCGCGGUCGGAGGCGGUGGCCAACUCGGCGGCGGGCAGGAAGGAGAUGGCGACGUACCUGCAGUGCCGCCGCCACCUCAAGCCCUUCUUCCGCCAGCUCAAGGCGCGGGUGAUGCCGCCGGACAUCCUCCGCCACAUCGAGACCAUCACCGAGCACAUGGCGGCGAGAGAGUAUGUCAAGGCGCACGACGCAUACAUCCUCUGCGCGAUCGGCAACGCGCCCUGGCCUAUGGGCAUCACCGGCACCGGUGUGCACGAGCGGCAGGGCCGACAGCACAUCCAGGUCUCCAAGAUCGCGCACGUGAUGAACGACGAGACGCAGCGAAAGUACCUCCAGUCCGUCAAGCGGCUGCUCACCUUUGCGCAAAAGGCGCUUCCGCCCGACGGGCCGUCAAAGACGGUCAACUAGAGACUCGAGGCGCGUGUGCCUGGCAGGUGAUUUCUUUUCGAGAAGAUUGUAUGAAACGGGGC